UCAUUGGUUCAACUCUCACACACUCUCCUGACUCACGCAACAGGCGUGUGCAGCAGGAGAUAAAAGCCUUUAGUCAUAGUUUGGGGUUUCAGAAAAACUUGUGCUGCCAUAGACGGAGAGAGAAAACGUGUAGAGAUGGCCUACCUUCUGAAUUUUUCAGCUGAGACAUGGACCCUUGUGGUCGCCCUCAUCACAUUGAUCUGUGUAUAUGCCUACUGGCCAUAUGGAACAUUUAAGAAAAUGGGCGUCCCUGGUCCCAAACCAAUCCCCUUUUUCGGCACUAUGCUUGCAUAUAGAAAGGGAUUCUUGAACUUUGAUUCAGACUGCUUCAAGAAAUAUGGGAAAAUAUGGGGCAUUUUUGAUGGUCGUCAGCCUGUGCUGUGCGUGACAGAUCCUGCCAUGAUAAAAACAGUUCUGAUAAAGGAGUGUUAUUCUCUCUUCACCAAUCGCAGAAACUUUCGCCUGAACGGGCCUCUGUACGAUGCUGUGUCCAUUGCUGAGGAUGAUCAAUGGAGGAGGAUCCGCAGUGUCCUUUCUCCCUCCUUCACCUCUGGAAGACUGAAAGAGAUGUUUGACAUAAUGAAGCACCACUCUGCUAACCUGAUCAACAGCAUGAAGAAGAAAGCCGACAAGGAUGAGGUGUUGGAGCUGAAGGAGUUCUUUGGACCCUACAGUAUGGAUGUAGUAACCAGCACUGCCUUCAGUGUAGACAUAGACUCCCUCAACAACCCCUCAGACCCCUUUGUCACUAACAUCAAGAAGAUGCUGAAGUUUGACCUUUUCAACCCUCUCUUCCUCCUUGUUGCCUUUUUCCCCUUCCUGGGUCCUGUAUUUGAGAAGUUUGAGUUUUCUUUUUUCCCUGCGUCAGUCACGGACUUCUUCUACAGUGCACUGCAGAAGAUCAAAUCUAAUCGAGAAACCAGCAAGCAAAAGAGUCGGGUGGAUUUACUUCAGCUGAUGAUUGACUCCCAGAAAAACAAUGACUCCAGUGGAGUAGCACAGGAUAAAGGUUUAAACGAUCAUGAGAUCCUUUCUCAAGCUAUGAUUUUCCUUUUUGCUGGGUAUGAAACCAGCAGCAGUUCUCUCACUUUCUUGGCCUACAAUCUGGCAACAAACCCUCAUGUCAUGAAACGGCUGCAGGAGGAGGUAGACUCUACGUUCCCUAACAAGGCUCCUGUCCAGUACCAGGCACUGUUGCAGAUGGAGUACCUAGACAGCGUCAUUAACGAGUCUCUACGUUUGUAUCCCAUUGCGUCACGCCUGGAGCGCGUUGCCAAGGCAACUGUGGAGAUAAAUGGCAUUGUGAUUCCAAAAGAUAUGGUUGUCAUGGUACCAACAUGGCCCCUGCACCGGGAUCCUGAGCUGUGGCCCGAACCAGAGGAGUUCAAACCAGAGAGGUUCAGCAAGGAAAACAAGGAGACUAUUGACCCGUACACAUACAUGCCUUUCGGAGCGGGGCCAAGGAACUGCAUUGGGAUGCGAUUCGCUCUGGUGAUGAUGAAACUAGCAAUGGUGGAGAUCCUCCAGAGCUACAGCUUCUCUGUGUGCAAGGAGACAGAGGUGCCCCUUGAGAUGGACAUCCAGGGCCUGUUGAUGCCAAAACGACCAAUCAAACUGAAGCUGGUGCCACGUUCUGAGCAGUCAAACUGAAGAACCAACAAGAUAAAGGGUUAUAAUUUCAGUUGUUAUAUACAGACAUAUCAUCCAUAAAACUGUUUCAACAAACAAGACACCUUAAUGAAAUUUUCCACACAUUUUUAUUAUGUUAUUAGUUGUCUGUACCUCUGUGUAUCAGGUACGUCUAUUGCUUUUUUUUCCUUUUUAAACUUAAGCAUUUUGUGAAUUUGUCUUAACUGCUCAUGUUGUCCAUCCAGGAAAUUGUUGUUAUUCAAAUUUUGUAUGCAAUCACUGUGACUUGCAGGUGCUGCAAAUGACUAAAAUACAGCUGUAGGAGUGUGUCAGAUAUUUUGCAAAGAGGUUUUAAAAGUAUAAAUGACAGUACAACAUAUAAAAUUUAUCACACAUUUUGUACAUGUCAGUCUGAGGUAUUAUCAGGUGGACAAAAUAACAGAAACAACUCACAAUAUACUGUAAUACCACACAACAGCACCUACUACUAUCUAACCACUUAACCAUACAGUUAAAUCAAUACUUCUCUGUUAACAAAACCUUAACCAAAGGUAGUACUGUCAAUUAUUGCAGGCUGAUUGCAUUGGCUUUCAGAAUAUUUUGCAGGUGUUCGUGUAUUUCUUUCUAUAUCAAAUUCCAGGUGUUAUUAAAUGAUGCUUCAAAAUGUGAAGAGGGUGCAUUCAGACAUCAGGGACAGCUAAUGAACUUUUGACCAGGUAUUUCAGCAAUAAAGUGCAAGGCAAAAUGUA